AAUUGUUGAGUUAUUUGAGAUCUUUAGAGGAUUAAGAAAAAGGAAGGAUUGAUGCCAUUAAAGAGCAUUAUCCAGGACAUGAAGGGAGAGUUAGGGAGUAUAUCGAGAAAAGGGUUUGAUGUUAAGUUUGGGCAUGGGAUGGGAUCAAGGUCGCAGAGGAUUGUCCAGGAUAGCUUGGUUCCAAUCGAUGCAUUUAAUCAGAGUUGUUGGGAAAACAUGCCUGCCGAGCUUCUGAGGGAUGUGUUGAUGAGAAUCGAAGCAUCCGACAUUACUUGGCCCCCAAGGAAAAAUGUGGUUGCUUGUGCCGGGGUGUGUAGGAAUUGGAGAGAGAUUAUGAAGGAAAUUGUGAAAACCCCUGAAAUUUCUGGCAAUUUGACAUUCCCAAUCUCAUUGAAGCAGCCCGGUCCAAGGAACACUCUCCUUCAGUGCUACAUAAAACGGAAUUGUAGCAAUCAAACAUAUUAUCUUUACCUUGGCCUGAAUCAGUCAGCUACCAAUGAUGAUGGAAAAUUCCUUCUUAUGGCAAGGAAGUGUCUACGGCCUACUUGUACAGAUUACAUCAUCUCACUAUAUGGCGAUGAUGUGUCAAAAGGUAGCAGACCCUACAUCGGAAAAUUGAGAUCAAACUUUUUGGGGACCAAAUUCACAAUCUAUGAUUCACAGUCACCGAAUUCUGGAGCCAAAGUUACCAAAAGUUGCUUCACCAGGUUGAUGAAUGUGAACCAAGUUUCUCCUCGAGCCCCAGCCGGCAACUAUCCCGUAGCACAUAUCUUGUAUGAGUUGAAUAUCUUGGGUUCUAGAGGUCCAAGGAGAAUGCAGUGCAUCAUGAAUGCCAUCCCAGCCUCUUCUAUUGAACCCGGAGGUGUCGCUCCCACACAGACUGAAUUUCUACACAGUAAUCUGGACACCUUUCCAUCUCUACCGUUCUUUAGAUCAAAAUCAACCCGUGCCGAGAGUUUCCAGUCCGGACCUUUAUCCGGCCAAAGAGAUGGAAUGCUGGUAUUGAGGAAUAAGGCACCCAGGUGGCACGAACAACUCCAUUGCUGGUGUCUCAACUUCAACGGGCGUGUGACGGUUGCUUCCGUCAAAAACUUUCAGCUGGUUGCAUCUGCUGGGGAGAACGUAGCUCCUGGGCAGGAGCAGCACAUGAAUGUCAUCCUCCAGUUCGGGAAAGUGGGGAAGGAUGUGUUCACAAUGGAUUACCAGUAUCCGAUCUCGGCUUUUCAAGCGUUUGCCAUAUGCCUUAGUAGCUUCGACACUAAGAUUGCAUGCGAGUGAUUCGCAAACAGGUAUGUGACUGAUAUGUAAUUUUGUUGUAAUAUGACUAAUCGUUUGUUGGUUUAAUAUAAUCCCUUUUGAAUUGCAGGUAUUG